ACUUCAACUCGGUUGCCCGACCAAAAACGAUCCGAGUGGUUCAGUGCGGUAGAAACCUCCUCGUUGGUUCGUUCGAAAGUUUCCCACGCGGCCCGCUGCUGCUCCAGUUCGUCACCUCGUGGUGUUGUGAACUUCUCAAUCGGAUUAAGUCACGGGCGACAUUUGAAUUUUUGGCGCGCGCUUCGGAUGUAUUGCGUCGAGACACGCAGGACAAUGAUCUAGACAUGCCGCAUGAUACCAUCGGAGGUCACGCCGAUGAUUGACGCUUGCAUGUAGGCCGGGGACUCGACUUGUUGUGGAACGGAUAAUCGCCGCCCAAUCCACGGAAGCCCGACCGGUUAUGGAAGGCUCUUACUUGAAGAAGCUGGGGUCAUUGGCGGUCCUGGUCACUUCGAUCCUUAUAGGUUCGACCAGCUGCCUCCGAUUGCACCAUCUCGACGUUCCACGGAGUGCACAGGUUGGCGAUUCCGUGUGGCUCAACUGCACAUAUGACCUCGAAAGAGAUGAUCUUUACGCGGUCAAAUGGUACUUCAACAAUACUGAGUUCUACCGAUAUUCGAACAAUAAAGCCGAUCACUUCGACGUUCCCGGAAUAACGGCUGACCGUCACAUAUCACUCGGAGGAAACGUGUAUCUGCUCAACGUCAAUCUCCAGGGCGAAGGGAUCUACAAAUGUGAGGCAACGGCUGGAAGCCCCACCUUCCAAACUGUCGAUAUGGAACAGUAUCUCGAAGUCUACAUGAUGCCAGAAGAAAAUCCAGCGAUUGCGGGAGUCAAACAUAAAUACGUCAUUGGAGACGUCGUCAACGUGACAUGCGAAUCUGCGAAGUCUAAACCAGCCACCAGACUCUCGUGGUACAUCAACGACAAACCGGCUCCGGUGUCAGCCUUGAUUCCUUACGAAGUUAUCCCUGGCUACAAUGGAUUGGAAUCUUCGUUGCUAGGCUUGCGUUUUAGACUUGACUCACCGAUCAUCGAGUCCACCGCAAAUCAUUUCAAGUUGUCAUGCGGCGGCGAAGUUCGCCGAGAGCGCUUAGUUGAGCAGCAAAUUAGAGUGACCCGUGGCAAAGGCUCAACUUCAGCGGAUUCAAACCCCUCCAUAACGUUCACUUUGCAAGGCGACUUGCUCAGUGCAACGUGCAUUGUACGGAACAGUAGCGACGCAAACCAGGUAACCUGGUACAUCAACAAUAGAAAGGUCGAAAGCAACGACACCCGUCGCAUGGUCCCGUACACACGUACGUUUCCUGUAGUGAGCGUCUACAGCGAAAUCGUAGUGCAAUUGUCCCGGCAGGAUCGCAGUCGUCCCGUACUCCGCUGCGUCGCGAUGCAGUCCCAUUUGCUAUGGAACGGCACCAAAGAGCGUAUCCUCAAGCUUCAAACACGCAGCGCAGGGUACUUUUUUCUAAAUGACGCUCCGUAUCCGGCUCGUUCAAGUACCGCCACAUUAUUCAUGGCGCUGAGCCUUCUCCUGCUCGUGACGGAAUUCCUCGGAAUUUGAGCGAUACCGUUGAUUAUCGACGAACCAUUCGUAGGCUAACA